AAUGGCACCCGCGCGCGCAUGAGCCGGGAGGCGCGGGUGCGCAUGCGCAGAGUAGCAGGGGAGCGGGCGGCCCCGGCGUCGCCGCCGCGCGCGCCGCCCUUAAGCCCCGCCCUUUUACGGUUUGUCCCGCGCGCGCGUGCGGGCGAGAUGGCGUCUCUCGGGAGGUCGUGGGCGCCGUUGUUCUGGGUUUCGCUGUCGGUGGCGGCCGCGCUGGGCAAGCAGAGCCCCGUGAAGGUGCUGUCGGACGAGAUGUGGCGGGAGCUGCUGCAGGGCGAGUGGAUGGUGCAGUUCUACGCCCCGUGGUGCCCUGCCUGCCAGGGACUGCAGCCUGAGUGGGAGAAGUUCGCUGAGUGGGGUGAGGACCUGGAGGUGAACAUUGCCAAAGUGGAUGUAACGAAGCAGCCAGGAUUGAGUGGACGAUUUGUCAUAACAGCUCUUCCUACCAUCUAUCACUGUAAAGAUGGAGAAUUCAGGAGAUACCAAGGUGCAAGGACUAAAACUGAUUUCAUCAAUUUCAUCAGUGACCAGGAGUGGAAAUCUAUUGAACCGGUGUCGUCAUGGUUUGGACCUUCUUCCUUCCUGAUGAGCAGCAUGUCAGCCUUGUUUCAGCUGUCAAUGUGGAUCAGGCACUGCCACAAUUACUUAACAGAAAAUGUUGGAAUACCGAUCUGGGGCUCCUACAUUGUUUUUGCGUUGGUGACUCUGUUUCUGGGAGUGAUCCUGGCUCUUAUAAUGGUGUUCUUAGCAGACUGUGUCUUUCCAUCCAAAAGGCGCAGACCACCGGAAUACCGUCACACAAGCCCAGAGACAGAUCAGUGUCUGAAAAAGCUGGACGAAGAGCAAGAAGCCGAUAAGGAGGAUGUCUCGGAUGAUGAAACAGAGAGUAAAGACAUAGUUGGUGGAGACUCAUCACUGAAUGCUGUAAGGCAGCGCCAAGUGAAUCUUGCUGCCACAGAGAAUACAUCUUAGCUUUAUUCGCAUGCGAGAUUAGUGUUUGAGUCACCGCUCAAAAGGAGCUCAAUGUCAAAUCCUUCGGCUUGAAGAGAAGAGUGACUACUGACAGGGUAGUACUGAUGCAGUUCAUGAAGUCAGAAAGUGGUUAAAAUCCUAGUGUCCUGUCAUUUUUCAAUUAUCAGACUUUUCCAGGUGUUUGGAUGAAGACUGCUGCGUGCCAUGAACGCCCUUAGGGUGUGGGUCUUGUGGGAUUGCCUUAAACUCUCUUAAAACUUUAGAUCUUAGGCUGCAUCACUAGGAAGAUAAAGCAAUAAAUCCCUGAGGCACCGAGGCGAACUAGUAGCACCCUUUAAUCAAAGGCGAAUUCCAUUAACUUGAAGAGGGACCAGGGCCACAGGAAUGCUGGGUGCUGAGCUGGUUUUAAAGCUGAGUUGUGUGGGCUAACUCCGCCUGGGAAAUAUUUAAGUGUAGCUAUUACAAAAGCAGGGUUUUCUAUAAUAGUUUUUCAGUUCUUUCAAGAUUAUUUGUGCAAUAUAGGAAGUAAAUACAGCGAACUUUUGGCUUUUAAAAGAACAAAACUCCCUUUUUUUUUGUCUUGCUGUACUUCUAGGCUCCUGGUUUAACAUGAACUUCUAGCGCUAAUGUACAUUUGCCUUCUGCACUCUGACCUUUUCUUACUGCCUCCCUGCCUUAGGCAAAACCGUAUCCCAAAACUGCCUCCUAGGUAUUUCAAGUUGCUGGAAUCCAGCCUCCGCUUGUGAUUAGCGUCGCUACUCCAAGGUCUGUUUUGAGUAUCCAUAGGCAGCUUGUGUUUGCUGAUCGCUGUAGGUCUCUGUUCAUAUUUUUAAGGAUGUUAUGGUUUUGUCCUGUGAAUAUUUAAGUUCCCUAAUAUUUUUGAAGAGCCUGUAUUCCAAAGAUGUUCACUGAGGCUGAGCAGCAGCUGUGAUGGAACAGAUGUGUGCGAGAGCCCAUCCUUUGUGUGUGUCGAUGAUGUUUGAAUAGCAGUUCUGUACAAGCCAGACUGCACGUUCUGUAUCAUCACCUUGACUGCUUCUGUCCAGUUUAAUCCCAGGAGGAAUGAAUUAUCUGUAAGAAUACUUUUUUUUUUUAAUAUAUCAGAGAGUCUUCAAAGAAAAAAUAACCAG